CACUCUACGGGCCGUGUCUGUUAGCCGGACAUCCAGCUGCUGGGCUUUAGGGAGGAUGCUACUGACGCUUCAUGCUAGCUUGUUGGUUUUGUCCAGGAAGUGGAGACACUCUCAUCCUCCGAAGUAGGCCUUGAUCAAAUAUUGUCGUGUAUUUGCGGUUCUAUCACGUGGCCACGUUGUCACAUAUCAUAAUAGGUUUAUUUAGCAGCUAUGCAUGUUGACAUUUUCUGUAUACGUACUGUUUUUAGCCUGUUUUUGCCGAAUGUAGCACCGUAGCUCUCAUCCGUUUCCAUAGUAACCUUGGCUCCUUCGAUGUCAUUCAUUCAGCUUUCAGUCUCAGUAUGGAAAUGCGUUUUUUUGAUUGACGUCCAGCUGUGUGACAGCCAUUUUACAGGACGUACAAGUGGGGGUAUGUCUCAGAAGCUUGACAUGUGUUAAUAAGGAGGUUGAGCAGUUUCCCUAAAGGGCUUUUAGGGUUUCACAGUCGCCCAUUGAAGCCCAUCAAGCCAUUGGGGGUCAGCCAUAAUGGGGCCUUGUGCCCUAACUGCUCCAGGUGUAUUUUCAAUUUUAUUUUUUUGAACAAUAUAUUUAUUGUUUUUGAACAUUUACAUCCAAUGACAGACACUGUACAAGUUCUCAUCAAAAGUAACUAGUAUAACAAAGGCAAAUAGGAAAGGACAAUAAGAUAUAUGUGGAUAAAUACAUUGAAAUGACAUCAACAUAAAAAAAUAAUAGAGUAGCAAAAAAACAAAACAACACUUUGGGCAAGAGCAAUGUCUUAGGAAUUGCAUAUAGUCACAUUGGUUUAAUGAGGUAUUUUAAGGCAGACCACCAGUGAAUGCUGUCUAUGCCUCUGCUCUGUGUAAAUGUUAAUUUAUCUGUCAGUUUACAUAAUUAUGCAUAUAUAUCCAUCCACCCACAUCUUCACACAUUUAUACAUGUCCACACAAAUAUGUACACAUGUAAACAUAAACACAUACUUAUCCAGGUGUAGUUUUUACCAUGAUUAGCAAGAUUAAUUUGUUAUUUUUCUUUAAGAUUAUUAUAUAUAUAAUUUAGGCAAUCUUUAUGUAAACUCACCACUCUGUAAAAUGCUGCAAACACUAUACUGUUAGACACUGUAACAUGCAACUUUAACAGGCAUAAAUAAGCAAUGAUCCAGGUAAUGUACACCAUAUUAUAUAACAUAAUGUAUACCAUAUAACAUUGAUUGUAGAACAGAUCUUGACAGUUUUGUUUCUUAUUAAGAGUCAAAGCUGAGUGUUGGAAUCAAUCUCUCAAUACCUAUAUAUACAGUACGUAUAUAUUUGAGGCUGCUCUCAUGAAUAUUUUGAUAUCCACAGUGGGUCAAAUGACUAAAUGCAAUAUGAAAGGUGUCUCACAUUACUAAGUUUACAGAGAAUAACCACCUUGCUCUGGAGUGAAGUUACAUUUCCAGUUAGAAAAUCUUUAUGUAAUUUGGUUUGAACUGACCAAUCUAUCUAAAAUGCUGCUUAAGAUGAAAGGUGUCACUCAUGGUACCAAGUUUACAGAGCAUUAUCACAUGGCUCGGGAGUGCUACCUCAGCUCUAUGGAGCAUCACAGCAUCUUUGUUUUGGUUUUAUUUUCCACAACUUUGCUGUUUUUGGCUCAUUCUCACUGCUUUCAUCAGCAUCACUUUUAGAUGCAGCAGGCAUGUGCUUUCAGUGGAAAAGCACUCUGAUAAACCCACUGUAUGAUGGCUGCCCUGCUCCCAACAGCAGAGAAACAAAGUUUGCUUUAAAUACAGUGUUAUAUUGCAUAUUAUCACCCUAUGAAGUUGCAAACAUGUUCCUAUUUACAUAUCAAGCAGACACAGAGCAACUUCAGCAUUCAUUUAGACUUGUGCUUCUGGCCACUUGAUGCAUAUAAACCCAAUAUUCACUUUCCUUUUAGCUCUGUUGUCAAACCUCUAAAGAAAAUAUCCACCAUGUGGCUUUUUAGCUACUAAAUGCUCCACAAUGUUCAGCCAGUUCCUUACGCUGUCUGUCUUCUGUUUGGUGCUGGGCAGGCAGUGCACAGUGGAUUAACAGUAUUUACUUUUCAAAAAAGAAAUGCCUACUGGAAACAUCGACAAUGAGAUGAAGUAGAGGGGAACUGCUGAAUUUUAUUUUAUGUGUUUGUUAUCAUGAGUGGCAGCUUUGACAUUAUACUUAAUAAUUUGAAAAUAUUGAUGAAUGCAGCUUUACAUUUAAUUAAAAAUGGAUUCAAAGAGGGAGGUAAAUGUUGAUGUGGUCACUGUAUAGUAUUUACACCUCCUCGGGAGCUAUAUGAGUGCAGUAUUACCUUUCCAUAAUUUGAACAAAGCAUGCAUAUUUGGGACCCAUUUGUAUAAUUGCCUAAUUUCCACUCAAGGCUAUGGUCGAGAAAUAAAUAACUGUACAAAUGUGCUGCCCACAUCAAAAAAACUUUUUCUUGUCUGUUGUGAUUAAGAUGAUGCUGCCAGAGUGCUCUCUUCAAGAAUAAAACUUCAGGGAAGAAAGUUUGCAGACUCCAACAAAUACUCACAGUUACAAUUAAUGUGCCCAGUGAUCACAUCCUACCCGUGAGGAACAUGUCCUCUCUCCAAAUGGGAAAGUAAUUGCAGUCUUUGCCACCUAUACUCCCACAUAAUAGCACUUAGACCCUGUAAUUUAGUUUUCACUCUUCUUCACGUCUCCAUCUGCAUAUGUUAAGUGUAGCAAUUACACUGGGAAAUUGCUUCUAACUACAUGGGGUUUAUGUGGACAGUUUCUUUUCUUGGUAAGAGCAUAAAAGGAAACAAGGGUGAUACAGUUACAUUGUUCCAUCUGCAUUCCCAUUGGAACUAAGUGUUUUCGUUCUCAUGCUUAGAUCGUUAGUCUUGUUUUUAAGUUUUUAAAGGUGUACAAAGUUUUUCCCAUCAUUCAGGUUUUGUCACUUGUGUUGUUAAAUUGCAGUUGCAUCAGGACAGGUUCGACAUUUGAUUCAUUAUUUAUUUAGUCAUUAAUUUGUUGUUUGAUUGUGAAAAAAACAUUUUUAGACCAUUUGCUAAUAUAUAUCAACUAUUCUAUUCAGAAAACUCUACAAGACUACCAGAUCAUAUUUUGCUCAAUUUAUAGUAACUGUAAAUGUCAUAAAUUAGUUUUUGAUAUAUUUCACUUUGAUGGAAACACAUUUCAAAACUGAAAUCACAAACUUUGCACCCAUGAUGCAGUGACAUAUUUCAUUUGGGUAUUAUGAAAUUGAUUGAAUCGUCUGUUCUUUUCCUGAUAUUUUGUGUUUAGGUCAAUGGCAUCUACAAAUUGAGUAUACUGUAUUAUGUGAUAUACCUUCACUGUCCCACUUAUUGAAUUAUGAUUCAGUGCUGUUUUUGAAGAAUUUUGAGAUGACAAAAUAUAGAGUUGUACACAUUCCUAUGUAGCCAAGCAGAUUUAUUUCUGCUUGAAUUGAGCUCGUCUCUCUGUUACUCUGGGUAAAAAAGUUUUAAUUGAAACUACCCUGCAAAAGAAAUAGCUCCUUUAAAAACAUUUUGGCAGUUUGUCUUGUAGAAAGGGUUUGUAACUUCUAGAAACAGAUAUUUUAAAAUGUGCCGGAAGCCCCACAGGCUUUGUAUCUGGGUGUCGCCAAAGAUAUCACAUAUCUCAAAAUAUGGACAGAUACACCAAAACUGUCAGCAUGUUUACAUAGAGACUGUAUGUUUUAUGUAAGUUGGGUGGGCUGAAUUAAUAUCAUAGAUCUGUAAUAAAGCUGCAGCCUGUGGCACUUGUGAAUAUGUCCUCUCACCUCUCUCUACUGCUCUUAUGACUGCUACCAUUCACUGACUGCUGCCGCAGGACCUCCAGGCCUUUAGGACAUUCUCCUUUUUGCAUCUCUAGUCUCUCUCUCUGGUUGGUCUCUCCACCCCUCUGUGACCUGGGGAUGAACGCACCAAUGAGGAGCCUCACAGGUAUGCCUGAUCGCAUGUUAUGUGCAGUGCUGGAGCAAUUUCAGCUUUACUUUUCCCUUUGAUCCACUCUCUGUAUAGCACGGCAAGCCCCAGCAUGCUAAAGAGGAAACAGAGCUCACGGGUCGAGGCCCAGCCCAUGACCGACUUUGGGCCGGAUGAGACCCUCGCUGACAGCGCUGACAUCUUCUGGAUCAACAAACCAUGGGUGCACUCCCUGCUGCGGGCCUGUGCCAUCAUCAGUGUCAUCUCUGUGUGUAUGAACACUCCCAAGACAUUCGAGCAUUACCCUCCUUUACAAUAUGUGACAUUCACACUGGACACGCUGCUCAUGUUCCUCUACACGGCAGAGAUGAUUGCCAAGAUGCACAUCAGAGGAAUCAUCAAGGGGGAUAACUCCUAUGUGAAAGAUCGCUGGUGUAUGUUUGAUGGAUUCAUGGUGUUUUUCAUCUGGGUGUCCCUGGUGCUGCAGGUGUUUGAAAUAGCAGAACUUGUGGAUCAAAUGUCUCCAUGGGGGAUGUUGAGAAUCCCCCGAGCGCUCAUUAUGAUCCGGGCCUUCAGGAUCUACUUCCGCUUCGAGCUUCCUCGCUCCCGCAUCACCAACAUACUGAAGCGAUCUGGGGAACAGAUCUGGAGUGUCUCCAUCUUCCUGCUGUUUUUUCUCCUGCUUUAUGGAAUUCUGGGUGUUCAAAUGUUUGGAACGUUCAACCAUCACUGCGUUACUAAUGAUACACAGAAAGGUAAUGUGACAUGGAACAGCUUGGCCAUCCCAGACACCCAUUGUUCCCCUGAUGGAGAGGGCUACCAGUGUCCUCAUGGCUUUAAAUGCGUGGACUUGGAGGAACUGGGCCUUAGCCGACAGGAGCUCGGUUAUAGUGGCUUCAAUGAGUUAGGUACGAGUAUCUUUACUGUGUAUGAGGCUGCAUCACAGGAGGGUUGGGUGUUCCUCAUGUACAGAGCCAUUGACAGUUUCCCUCGCUGGCGCUCCUACUUCUACUUUAUAACUCUCAUUUUCUUCUUGGCUUGGCUUGUCAAGAAUGUGUUCAUUGCAGUCAUCAUUGAGACAUUUGCUGAGAUAAGAGUGCAAUUUCAGCAGAUGUGGGGGUCAAGGAGCAGCACCACCUCUACCGCUACGACACAGAUGUUUCAUGAAGACGCUGCUGGGGGGUGGCAGCUUGUAGCUGUGGACGUCAACAAACCACAUGGCCGAGCGCCUGCCUGCCUCCAGCAACUGAUGCGAUCCUCCGUGUUCCACAUGUUUAUCUUGAGCAUGGUCGCCGUGGACGUCAUUGUUGCUGCUAGCAACUAUUAUAAAGGCGAGAACCACCGCAGGCACUAUGAUGAGUUUUACCUGGCAGAGGUUGCCUUCACUGUGUUAUUUGACCUGGAAGCUCUGCUGAAAAUCUGGUGUCUGGGCUUCACCGGCUACAUCAGCUCCUCCCUGCACAAGUUUGAAUCUCUGUUGGUGGUAGGCACCACACUGCACAUCUACCCUGACCUCUACCACUCCCAGUUCACCUACUUUCAGGUGCUACGUGUGGUGCGUUUGAUUAAGAUUUCCCCAGCUCUGGAGGACUUUGUCUAUAAGAUAUUUGGUCCAGGUAAAAAACUAGGCAGCCUGGUGGUGUUUACAGCCAGCCUCCUCAUCGUCAUGUCGGCCAUCAGCCUGCAGAUGUUCUGCUUUGUGGAGGAGCUGGACCGCUUUACCACAUUUCCCAGGGCAUUCAUGUCCAUGUUCCAGAUCCUAACCCAGGAGGGCUGGGUAGAUGUCAUGGACCAGACUCUGGUCGCUGUAGGUCAUAUGUGGGCUCCGGUCGUAGCCAUUUACUUCAUCCUCUACCAUCUGUUUGCUACCCUGAUUCUGCUCAGUCUUUUUGUGGCUGUCAUCUUGGACAAUCUGGAGUUGGAUGAAGACUUGAAGAAGCUCAAACAGCUCAAGCAAAGUGAAGCCAAUGCUGACACCAAAGAGAAGCUCCCUCUACGACUAAGGAUCUUUGAGAAGUUCCCCAACAGACCUCAGAUGGUGAAGAUAUCAAAGCUCCCAUCUGAUUUCACCGUGCCCAGGAUCAGGGAGAGCUUUAUGAAGCAGUUCAUUGAUCGUCAGCAGCAGGACACCAGUUGUUUGUUCCGGCGUCUCCCCUCCGCAUCAUCUUCCUCCUGUGACCACUCCAAACGCUCUGCCAUUGAAGACAACAAGUAUAUCGACCAAAAGCUUCGCAGGUCAAUAUUUAGUAUCCGAGCUCGUAACCUCCUGGAAAAAGAAAAUACUAUCAAUAAAAUCCUGCGCGCUUGUACCAGACAGCGUAUGCUAAGUGGAUCCUUUGAAGGCCAGCCAGCCAAAGAACGCUCCAUACUCAGUGUCCAGCAUCACAUACGGCAGGAGCGCAGAUCUCUCAGACAUGGUUCCACUAGUCAGAGGAUCAGCCGAGGGAAGUCGUUGGAGACACUCACCCAGGAUCAUUCCAGUACAGUACGCUAUCGUAACGCACAGAGAGAGGACAGUGAGAUCAAAAUGAUCCAAGAAAAGAAAGAACAAGCAGAAAUGAAAAGAAAAGUCCAGGAGGAGGAAUUGAGGGAAAAUCACCCUUACUUUGAUAAGCCUUUGUUCAUUGUGGGGCGGGAGCACCGCUUCAGGAACUUUUGCAGGAUGAUUGUCCGAGCUCGCUUCAACGCAUCCAAAACCGACCCCAUAACAGGAGCAGUGAAGAACACCAAAUACCACCAGCUGUACGAUCUUCUGGGCCUUGUCACCUAUUUGGACUGGGUUAUGAUAGUAGUAACCAUCUGCUCGUGCAUCUCCAUGAUGUUUGAAUCACCCUUCACCAGGGUCAUGCAUGUCCCCACACUGCAGAUCGGGGAGUAUGUGUUUGUGAUCUUUAUGAGCAUCGAGCUCAACCUGAAGAUCAUGGCCGACGGGCUGUUCUUCACCCCCACAGCAGUCAUCAGAGACUUUGGAGGAGUCAUGGACAUUUUCAUCUAUCUUGUGAGUCUGAUCUUCCUGUGCUGGCUGCCUCCUGACGUCCCUCCUGAGUCUGGGGCUCAGCUGCUGAUGAUGCUGCGCUGCCUGCGUCCGCUCAGGAUCUUCAAGCUGGUACCCCAGAUGAGGAAGGUGGUGCGGGAGGUUCUCAAAGGAUUCAAGGAGAUUUUCCUGGUUUCCAUUCUGCUCCUCACACUAAUGCUGGUGUUCGCAAGCUUUGGAGUUCAACUGUUUGCCGGAAAGCUUGCCAAGUGCAACGACCCCCAUAUCCUUAAACGGGAUGACUGUCACGGCAUAUUCCGAAUAAAUGUCAGCGUUUCCAAAAACCUCAACCUGAGACUGAAGGCUGGGGAGAAGAAACCUGGUUUCUGGGUACCAAGAGUCUGGGCCAACCCUCGUAAUUUUAACUUUGACAAUGUGGGAAAUGCCAUGUUGGCUUUGUUUGAGGUGCUGUCCCUCAAAGGCUGGGUGGAGGUCCGAGAUGUCAUUAUUCACCGCGUUGGACCGAUCCAUGGCAUCUACAUCCAUGUCUUUGUGUUUCUGGGAUGCAUGAUUGGACUCACUUUGUUUGUGGGUGUUGUUAUUGCAAACUUCAACGAGAACAAGGGCACUGCUCUACUUACAGUGGACCAGAGGAGAUGGGAAGAUCUGAAGAGCCGACUGAAAAUAGCCCAACCUCUCCACCUGCCCCCUCGCCCAGAAAACGGGGGUUUCCGGGCCAAGAUGUAUGACAUUACUCAACAUCCCUUCUUCAAACGGGGAAUUGCUGUGCUGGUGCUGGCACAGUCGGUGCUGCUCUCAGUCAAGUGGGACGUGGACGAUCAAGUAACAUUCCCUCUUGCCACCAUGUCUGUCGUCUUCACCUUUAUAUUUGUACUGGAGGUGACCAUGAAAUUCAUAGCCAUGUCUCCAGCUGGUUACUGGCAGAGCAGACGGAAUCGCUACGACCUGCUGGUCACGUCUUUGGGUGUUAUCUGGAUAGUCCUGCACUUUUCCUUACUGAAUGCUUAUACCUACAUGAUGGGCACAUGCGUGAUUGUCUUCAGAUUCUUUACAAUAUGUGGGAAGCAUGUGACUCUGAAGAUGCUGCUGCUGACUGUAGUCGUCAGCAUGUACAAGAGUUUCUUCAUCAUCGUGGGCAUGUUCCUUCUUCUCCUCUGCUAUGCAUUUGCUGGCACUGUUCUCUUUGGAACUGUAAAGUACGGAGAGAACAUCAACCGGCAUGCAAACUUCUCCACAGCGGGCAAAGCUAUCACCGUUCUCUUCCGUAUUGUCACAGGGGAAGAUUGGAAUAAAAUUAUGCAUGACUGCAUGGUUCAGGCUCCAUUCUGCACCCCGGACAAACAUCGCUACUGGGAGACUGACUGUGGCAACUACGCUGGAGCGCUUAUCUACUUCUGUUCUUUCUACGUCAUUAUAGCCUACAUCAUGCUCAACCUACUCGUAGCCAUCAUCGUGGAAAACUUCUCUCUGUUCUACUCCACCGAGGAAGACCAGCUGCUGAGCUAUAAUGACCUGCGGCACUUCCAGAUCAUCUGGAACAUGGUGGAUGACAAACGGGAGGGUGUGAUCCCCACAUCCAGGGUGAAGUUCCUGCUUCGACUCCUCCGAGGCAGACUGGAGGUGGACCUGGACAAAGACAAGCUGCUGUUUAAACACAUGUGCUAUGAGAUGGAGCGACUGCACAGUGGAGGAGAUGUGACCUUCCAUGAUGUGCUCAGCAUGCUGUCAUAUCGCUCAGUGGACAUUAGAAAGUCUCUCCAGCUGGAGGAGCUGUUGGCCAGGGAACAGUUGGAGUACACCAUUGAAGAAGAGGUUGCCAAGCAGACCAUACGCAUGUGGCUCAAGAAAUGCCUCAAACGCAUCCGGGCGAAGCAGCAACAGUCGUGUAGCAUCAUCCACAGCCUGAGAGAGAGCCAGCAGCAGGAGCUGAGCCGCUUCCUCAACCCCCCCAGCAUAGAGACCACCUUGCCAAGUGAAGACCACAAUACAAACAACCCAGACAACCCCUCGCAGCCUGAGAUGAGUGGUCUCCAGCAGCUACUGAGCCCCACGUUGUCAGACAGAGGAGGCUACAGGCAGGACUCUUCAGACCUGGGGAGACCACAGAGGAAGCUGGGACAGUGGCGGCUGCCUGCAGGUCGCACAAGUGUCAAGUCCAUAGUGUGUAAGAUGAACCCUGUCAACGAUGAGGCUUCUUCGGGGUCAGAGGUGAAGAAGUGGUGGACCCGUCAGCUGACUGUGGAGAGCGACGAAAGCGGCGACGACCUCAUUGACAUUUAGGGAAUGAGGCGCGACGCAUCCUGCAGUUUUUUACAGAUGAGCUGGGAAGCUUGCUGGCUGACUUAAGCUGUUUCAUUUCCUCUUGCUGUCCCCUGAUCACUGAAAAUGAUGCUUUUUCUAUUCUCUUUUUUAUCCCGGUUCAGAACUGUUCAGAAAGUAUGGUCGGCUGGUGUGUGCAGGUUGUCAGUGAUACUUUCUUUUAGCAGCCAUUUUGACAUGCAGUGAAGAUUUUGUACCUCUCGUGUAGGUAUUACGAUUCCUCUGUGAUUGCCACUCAUUAUGAUUGCUGAGUUUUUCUAUGCAGGCACUUAUGGUGUUAAGGCAGACUGUGACAGGAAAAGACAUGUUGCAUUCAUGAAACAACCCAACAAGAUGCUGCUCUAAAUGUUUUCUACUGUUUUGCUGUUUCAUGUUGGAAACAGGUAAUUACGUUUGUGCAGCUACAAUAAUUUGUGACGUCCUUUCAUGUCUAUGCUUUGUCUCUGUUCCUCUGUUUUAGUCCCUGUUUCUGAUAAUGUCUCUUCAGUAUUAAUCGUAUAAAUAUCAAUUUUCUUAUAGUCACUUUAUACUUAAACCAGGCCUCUUGUCCUUGCCAAUUGAAGCAACUUUUAGAUUUAUGACUGUGAAUGUAAUUAAAAGUCAAAUCUAUCUUAUGUAUUUGUGUGGAGUUAAAACAUGAAAUAUUUUGUAAAUUAUUAUAAAUCUUUAGCUUUAUCAAAUAUUAAAUUAUUAUAAUAAAGGCCUACAUGGGCAUUUAUGAGCA